GCAGCAUAUGAAGCGGGUGGACGGUCGGGGUGUGAUCAUAUCGCCCAAACAGCAGCUGGUUGCGACAGAGCAGAUUUGACAACAUACCGAUAUACGGGACCGAACCGAACCUUACCGAACAGGAUGGAGUGGCAACCAAUGGAGAUCAACCCGGAGAUGCUGAACAAGGUGCUCAGUGGGCUGGGGGUGUGUGGUAGCUGGGGCUUCGUGGAUGUGUUGGGGCUGGAGGAUGAGGGUGUGUCUUCAGUACCUUCUCCCAGCUGCGCCCUCAUGCUGCUCUUCCCUCUGACACAACAGCACGAGUCGUUCCGGCAGCAGCAGGCUGGGAAGGUGUCGGGAGAUACUGACCUCUACUUCCUGAAACAGACGGUGGUCAACUCCUGUGGCACCGUCGCUCUGCUGCACGCAGUCGCCAACAACCCCACCCACAUAGAGUAUGAUGGUGACUCUGCUCUGAAGAAGUUUCUAGAUGAGACGGCUAACAUGACCCCCGCCCAGCGAGCCACACACCUGGAGAACAACCAGGCCAUCAGAGAGGCUCAUGAUGAAGUGGCAGCACAGGGCCAGUGCAGGGUGGAGGCAGAUAACGUGAACUUCCAUUUCAUCACCUUUGUCAAUGUGAAAGGACAGCUUUAUGAGCUUGAGUCCCGGAUGGAGGGACCGGUGAACCAUGGAACCACCAAGGAUGACUCCUUCAUCAAGGAUGCAGCCAGGGUGUGUCGGGGUUUUGUGGAGAGAGCAGAGGGAGAGGUCCGCUUCUCUGCUGUGGCCCUCUGUCAUACCUAGAGACCCUGGGGACACACACACACACACACACACACACACACCAUGGUGUACACACA